AUGCGUUCCGCGCUCUACUGUGGGAGCGUCACGCACUCACGGCGCUACCCGGCUGCGUACCAGUUCUCCUAUGCACUUUUUAUGGUUUAUUUGGACUUGGACGAGUUGGCGAGGGAGCGUUGGCGGUUUCCUUGGUGGCCGCUUUUUAGUGCAAGGCGCUGGUUGCCAGCAGUGGCAUGGUUUCGCAGCAAGCACCACCUGCGAGAGCUGGGCCCUGAAAAGUCAGCACUUGGAGCUGGUUCUGAAGCGGAACUACUCGCUGUUGCUGUGCGGCGCUAUGUGCAGCGUGAACUGCGCCUUGAAAGUGCCCCCAAAGGACGGGUUUGUUUGCUGACGCACCUCACUUACCUCGGCAUCGCCUUCAACCCGGUAUCCUUCUAUUAUAUUCUCGACGAAGACGGGAAAAAUGUCGAAUACAUUGUGGCUGAGGUGAAUAAUAUCCCAUGGUUUGAACAGCAUGCAUAUGUGCUUCGUGCGAGAGAAUAUUCUUCAGUUGCAUGGCCACCGUUUUCGCGGACGAAUAGUCUCAACGAUGCAGCCCAGAUGCCACCAGACGACGAAAACGAGGAUUGUAUCCAGCCGGCAACCGAUGGCGAUCGUUAUCACAAACUCGCUGGCAACGAGAAGCGGCACGCGUGCUCCUCGGUGACAACAACGGCAGCGGCAGUCGAAGGGGCCUCUUCGCAGGAGGUGGCGGCGGCGGCCUCCACGGGCACUUCUUCCGCCUCGGCUUGGCGAUGGUGCCCGCGACCCAUGUCGCGAGUCGAUAGCGGUGCGUCGCUGAACGGGGGCACGCCCUCCUCGCCGUGCUUUGUGAUCAGUGUCGUGCAUCCGAAGGAAUUCCAUGUUUCACCGUUUAUUGCGAUGGAGGGCAUCGAGUACAGAUGGUUAUUCUCUCAGCCAGGGUGCCGGCAGCUGCGAGUCUUCGUUGAGCUCCUGCAGCGGCAACCGACAGCGAACGGAGAUGCAUCCGCAUCCCCAAGCGGAUUCCAAAAGUUUUUUGGUGCCAGUUUGAAACUACAUCGGGUUGAGUUGACCGCAAUGAAUAUGGUCCUCUGCCUGCUCGUAUAUCCGCUGAUAACCCUGCAGGCGAUGGUUGCUAUUCAUUACGAAGCCGCAAAACUGUACUUUCGGGGAUUUCCGUUCUAUCCGCAUCCGCAGGGCACGCAAACAUUGCUUGCGCGGCUCAUUGCGCUUAUCGUUGCUAUUGCGCAGCCAGGCAUAUAUCUGGUCAACUUGUUGCGGGCGCUGGUGCGUGUUCUGUUGCGGCCUGUGCGACUCGUAAUGCGUCGACCGCGGGGACGGCGCGCUCGCCCACAUGAGGUGCCCGCGUCGCACAUGUAA